GAAACAGCUCACAGCAUGGGGACUACACCGGCGACAGUAACGACUCUGUUCUGGGGGACCCGUGCGGCCUUUUUGAGGAAGCCUUCAGGACACAAAGCCCCCCACCGACAGACGCGACCCUCCGUCGGGAGGGAGGCAGGGCGCGGGGGCGGGGGCACCGCCGGGCCCCAGCCUCGGGCGCGCGUCACUCGGCACAAAGGAGACAGCAGGGAGGCGGCCGCGGGAGCCGAUCUGCACUCGCCAGCCACUUGCAAUUGCGGUUACAGACCUGCAGUUCCCCUCCCCCCUCCCCCUCCCCCUCCCCACCCAGGCCCGCCCGCCCGCCCGCCCGCCGGCCUUUCUGUCUCCUCUCUCCCUCCGUACUGGCCGGCCCGGGUCCAUUUCCGGGCUCUGGGUAUUUGGUAUCGAUCAGGGCCGGGGGCGCGGGAGCAGGUGACUGCGGCGGGGCAGCUGGGCCGCCAGCCUGCUGCGCCGGGGCCCGUCUCCCGCCGCCUUUGUCGCCAGUCCUUGCCCGGCGGCCCGCUCUGUCCUCCGGGCCCGCGCGCGCUGCCGGCCGGACUUGGCGCCGGGUCGGGCGCUGCUGCUGCUUCUGCUGCGCGCCGGGCCGAGCUCGGUGCCGACGGCCGCCGGGAAGCGGGAGGCGAAGGGCCGUCCGGAGCGCGGGCCAACAUGGCUGAAGUCAGCAUCGACCAAUCCAAGCUGCCGGGAGUCAAGGAAGUGUGCCGAGAUUUUGCUGUCCUGGAGGACCACACCCUGGCCCACAGCCUGCAGGAACAAGAGAUUGAGCAUCAUUUGGCGUCGAACGUUCAGCGGAACCGUUUGGUCCAGCAUGAUCUCCAGGUGGCUAAGCAGCUUCAGGAGGAAGAUCUGAAAGCUCAGGCUCAGCUGCAGAAGCGCUACAAAGACCUUGAACAACAAGACUGUGAAAUUGCUCAGGAGAUUCAGGAGAAGCUGGCUAUUGAGGCCGAGAGACGACGCAUUCAGGAGAAGAAGGAUGAGGACAUAGCUCGACUCUUGCAAGAAAAAGAGUUACAAGAAGAGAAAAAGCGAAAAAAACACUUUCCAGAGUCCCCUGGAGCCAAUGCUUAUGGUGAUAGUUACUAUUAUGAAGAUGGAGACCAGCCACGGUCAAGGAGGGCAAGGGAGUUGGGUUCUGGAUUCUCAAAGUCUUAUAGACCCCAAAGUGAGGAAAAGACUGUGAAGCAGAGAAAGGAGAAAUCGAAACAUCCACAGGAGAACUUGGAAGAACUGGAAGAGCAUUGUUCAUCAGAGAAACCUCUUUCGUCCUCUAGCUUGGGUAAAGUGAGGGACGAUCCCCAAAUUAACACUGAGCAGCCUGAAAGGAAACGAUCUGGUCACGAGAGGCUCCGAAGACCUCCUCUCCGCAAGAUCAGUGGUGAGGUGUUUCUGAGCACUGAAUCGGAAGACUGGGAGGCUAACCACAGCCAUCGAACUCGGAAUUGGGAAAAACAGUCCAGGCACCAAGACCAACUUUCUCCCGAGGCCUCACAGAAAGCGGGGCUUCACUGCAAGGAAGCUGUAUAUAGAAGCGACCAUGGGCAAGGUGAGCACAGAGAGAGGAAGCACAGGCCCAGGGCUCCUCCCUUCUCAGAGAGUGAGGAACGGCACCAACUCCAUGAUGCAGGAACGAAGCCCAGAGUGAUGAAAGAAGCGGUCUCUACUCCAUCGCGAGUGGCCAACAGGGAUCAGGAAUGGUAUGAUGCUGAAAUUGCCAGAAAACUGCAAGAAGAAGAAAUUUUGGCUACCCAGGUGGACACGAGAGCAGCUCAGGUAGCUCAGGAUGAGGAAAUCGCUAGACUUCUAAUGGCUGAAGAAAAGAAAGCUUACAAGAAAGCCAGGGAACGGGAGAAAUCAUCUUUGGAUAAAAGAAAGCAUGACCCCGAGUGGAAGCCCAAGACAGCGAAAUCAGCACACUCAAAGUCAAAAGAGAGUGAUGAACCUCACCAUUCUAAGAAUGACAGGCCAGCACGGCCACUACCACCUACCAUGACAGAGGCUGAGGAUUUGGAUUACACUCAUUUUACAAACCAGCAUAAUUCCACACGUCAUUUCUCAAAGUCAGAGUCUUCUCAUAAAGGUUUCCAUUAUAAGCCGUAAAAACCUAGGAAUCUGCCUUGAAAACGGACUCACUGUAGCAAAAUUACUGGAUGAUACAGAAUGCAUUCCGUGCUUAUUUUUUUCUCCUAUAUUUUGUAUUCCUCAGAUUUAUCCUCAAGUGUUUUUUAGACCAUAAAUAAUUUUCAUUCAUUUAAAAUGUUUUGGUUAUUCCUGAUCACUUGGGCAGUACAAGAAAAUCUAGCUUCUGAAUAUUGGCCACCUUUAUGCUGCAUACGCUUUCUGGGAUAUAGUAUCUAAGAGCUCUAUAAAAUGCCAUUUUCGUUAGGUAUGGAGUAUUGAUAUCUAGGGAAUAGGCUUUAUUUAGCAAUUAGAAUUUCGUGGAGAUAAUGAUCAAAGUAACACAAUGUUUGGAUGCAAUGCAGAAUAAAAGAAUAUAAGAAAUA